UUCACCUUCCUCCCAGUGGCAGCGCUGCUCUUUGGGGGAGCGCCCGCCCAGUCAACUUGACAACCGGCAGACCAUACAGUAUCGCAGAAGUGUCGCAUAUCAGGAGAUUACUGAGCUGUGGAAGGUGAGACACUGCCCAUCUUGGAACCCCUGAUGUAAGCGCCCUUGACCAAUCAGCAAGACUUCAUGUAUUGGCGCUAGGGCCAGGAGCAUGUGGCAAGGCAUGGCUGCAUUGUUGAGGGCCGCAGUAGGACUAUGGCUUCUGGGGACUUGCACAGCCGAGUUAGAAUGCCGACCAUAUAACCCAACGGACAUGCCCCAGUUUGUGUUCUACGACUUGUCUGACCAUACCACCGGCUUCAUGGCUGCAACGGUUAAUGGCUUCCUCGGUAUGAUCCAGCCCAACCCCUUUCCUAAAGAUCUGAUCAAGACAGCAAUACUCUCUGAGGCGUUAACAGACGACGCUUUUAUUAAAGGAGUGUUGUCCUACGAGGUGGGCUUCGUGUUGUGCGCAGUCAUAGGCAUCCUCUACGUCCUUCUGAUGCCCUUAGUGGGCUCUGUGUUGGCCUGCUGCCGCUGCUGUGGCAACUGUGGGGGAGAAAUGUACCAGAAGCAGAUGCCCACCAUUCAGUUGCACAGGAGAACCUUGUACUGGAGCACCGUCGUCACUACGCUCAUCCUCUUAGCUGGGAACAUUUGCAUGUUCAGAAGUAACACAGCAUUCAAAGAGAGCCUGGACCACAGCCGCACUCAACUCGACAAAACCUUUGACAACAUCAACACCUUUGUCACGACACUGUCUCCGCAAGUCGAUCAUGUAGUGAACCAGGGCCUUUUGAUUGUGGAUACCGUAAAAACAAGCAUACAAGGAAGUGGUGAAAUAUUGAGUAACGAGAUCUUUGGAGACGACAUGAAUGCCCCUCAAAUGCUGACAGCUGCUCUGAAAAAGCUAACGUCGCUUCAGAAAAAGCUGAAUGUUAAAAUGGGAGAUGUGGCGACCAAGUUGACGAAUCUUAAGACCAGUAUGGGUAGUACCCUGGAUAAUGAACUUUGCAAUUGCCAAGAAGUGAAGAAAAGUCUAGAUGAAAUUCUACUGGACGACCAACAAUUUAAAGAUGAAUCAGCGAAUAAAUUGGAAAAAUUCUUGACUCAGGUUGAUAUCGCCGCUAAGCAUAACCAUUUGACUUGUUUGCCGAUUGAGCAGUUCAAAGACAUCAAGAGUGACAUGAAGAGUGUGACCAGCAAUUUGGACACCACACAACUGGAUACAAUCAAACAGACGAUAUCCACUAAGGUAAAAAGCAUCUCUUUAAACGAGAACCUGUUAUUGGGCCCUGUGAAUAAGCUGCGCAAAGACAUCCGACAGUUUGACCCGCAGGUGGAACGAGCGGAGAGUAUCAGGGGGCGUGUGUGCAUCGCCUUGUGCUGCCUGGUCCUGCUGGUGGUCCUCUGUAACCUCCUGGGUCUCGUCUUGGGCCCCCUAGGUCUCAAACAAACUGAAGAUCCCACAACACGCUCCUGCCUGGCCAAUUGUGGUGGAAUAAUCCUCAUGAUCGGAGUGAGUGUGAGCUUUCUGUUCUCGUGGCUGCUCAUGUUGGCUGUGACGCUGCUCUUCUUGGUAGGCGGCAAUGUUAACACACUGGUGUGUCGGCCCUGGAGCAGCGGAGAACUGCUUGAGUUUGCUCCAACUGUAUUGCCAUCCUUGGAUUUGGCUAAAAUCUUAAAUAUGAAAAGCAACAUCACGCUCUCCGAUGUAUACAGAGACUGUGGGGACAACAAGCCUCUGUGGUCCGUACUCCACUUAUAUGAGAAAUAUAACAUUGACAGCUUCCUCCACAUUCCCAAAGACAUCGCCUUUGAAAAUAUCAACGCAGAUAUUCCCAAAACCAGCAUCUUCAACACCGACAUCAAUAAUAAUUUGAAUACUUUACAAUGGAGCCAGAGCACUCAUUCCAAACAGAUGGUCGAACAAGUACAGACGCUGGAGGCAAUAGCUGUCAUGAUCGAUGAAAAGGCCAAUUCGCUAACAGAUGCAGCGGUACCUCAUCAAGGUGCAGCAGUUGCAGCUCAGCUUCGAGACGCAGCUGCAACCCUGAGGCAAAUUAAGACGGAUAUAGAGAACAACAUCCUACCAACAAUUGAUAAGAUUGACCCAGCUAAGAAAGAAGUAACGGAUGCUGUGGAAGAGCUGCAGAAUGUAGAAAAAAGAUUCCACAGCAUCGACAUCAACAGUGCGAUUAAGAAGUUGGUGGACUGCCAGCUGAGAAACAUCAAUCAAUUUGCUAACUGGGCCAAAGUUAUGCUUACCGAGAAGUUUGGCCGCUGUGGUCGUGUUGCUGAGGUUGUGGACUCUGCUGAGAGCAUCCUGUGUUCGUACCUUGUCCCUUCUCUGAAUGCCUUCUGGUUCAGUCUUGGCUGGUGCAUGACUUUCAUUAUCCCCAGCAUCAUAUUCUCCAUGAAACUAGCAAAGCACUACAGGAGAAUGAAGUAUUCUGAUGACAAUCUCCAUGCGGGCUUUCAUGUGUCUUGCACUAAGAAGAGGCUUCCGUCAGGCCACUCUGCCGUAAAGCCCCGACUGGUGAAGGACUGCAAUGAUGGUUGACUUUCGUGAACUUUCCCCAUCUCCCGACUGCAUCUCUGGAGCUCACCCACAGUGAUCUUUGGGUUCUUCUUUACCUCUCUCACCAAGGCUCUUCUCCCCCGAUUGCUCAGUUUGGCCGGACGCCCAGCUCUGGGAAGGGUUCUGGUCGUCGCAAAUGUUUUAAGUGCACCAGAGAUAUUUUUGUGCCUUGCCACAAUUCUGUCUCUGAGCUCUUCAGGCAGUUCCUUUGACCUCAUGAUUUCCAUUUGCUCUGACAUGCACUGUGAGCUGUAAGGUCUUAUAUAGACAGGUGUGUGGCUUUCCUAAUGAAGUCCAACCAGUAUAAUCAAACGCAGCUGGACUCCACUGAAGGUGGAGAACCAUCUCAAGGAUGAUCAGAAGAAAUGGACAGCACCCGAGUUAAAUAUAUGAGUGUCACAGCAAAGGGCUUAUGGCUGUGUGAUAUUUCAGUUUUUCUUCUUUAAUAAAUCUGCAAAAAUGUCAACAAUUCUGUUUUUCCCCCUGUCAAUAUGGGGUGCUGUGUGUACAUUAGAAAAAGAUUGAUUUUAGCAAAUGGCUGCAAUAUAACCGAGUGAAAAAUGGAAGGGAGUCUGAAUACUUUCCUUACCCACUAUGCAUGUAUGUAUAUAU